GUUUCAUACAAUCGAAUGAAUCGCUUUUUUCUUAGAAAGUUUAUUCUGUUUGAUCCUAGAGACCGAGCUAUGAAUAUGAACAAAAAAGAAAAAAUUGUAAAUAUUUUUAUUCUUGAAACGUCAGAAGGGAACUCAGAUGAAUGAAGAUUCAAGAUUCGGGAUUGGGAGAUAUCUAAAUAAUUAUUAUAUUUUGUUUAUUUAAUGUAAACAUGUCUUUCUCUUUAGUCUAUAAUUCAAGUUUCAUUGAUACAAUGGAACUAGGAACAUUAUUGUGAACUACAAGCCAGUAAACAAAAUUGUAAAUUUAAAAGGUAAUGUUUUAAAACAAUAAUAAUGGGUGGAAAAGCAGAAAAAGGCACCCCGAAGUACAUAGCAAAUAAAAUAAAAGCGAAAGGCUUGCAGAAACUAAGAUGGUACUGCCAGAUGUGCCAAAAACAAUGUCGAGAUGAAAACGGCUUCAAAUGCCACACUAUGUCUGAAUCACAUCAACGACAAUUACUCAUAUUUGCUGAUAACGCCUCCAAAUACAUUGAUGACUUCUCCAAGGAAUUUGCUGAUGGAUAUUUAGAGUUAUUGAGUCGCCAGUUCGGCACUAAAAGGGUUAAUGCCAAUAAGGUAUACCAGGAUUACAUAUCUCAUCGUGACCAUUUGCAUAUGAAUGCGACUCAAUGGGAAACCCUGACAGACUUUGUCAAGUGGCUGGGCAGGGAGGGGAAAUGUGUUGUCGAUGAAACAGAGAAGGGAUGGUUUGUGGCAUACAUAGACAGGGAUCCAGCCACCAUUGCAGCACUUGAAGCCAAGGCGAAGAAGGAGAAACUUGAUAAGGAUGACCAAGAAAGGAUGUUGGAGUUUAUACAAAAACAGGUUGAAAGAGGAAAAAAGGAAGACAUGGAUGAGCCCAAAUACACAGAGCUUAAAAGAGAAAGCAGUCAAGAACGACUCACUCUCACAUUGAAGAGAAAAGUGGAAGAUAAGCCUGAGGUAUUGUCGAAGUCAGCCCUGCAGUCUGUGAAGCCCAAAGAGCACAGCAUCAAGAAGACCAAGGGUGACAGCAAGCGUUCAGUGCUCGAUGAGAUAAUUGACAUGCAGGAGUCACAGAAGGAGAAAGCGAACAGAAAAGAUUAUUGGCUUACUGAAGGCAUUGUUGUGAAAAUAGUAACAAAAUCGUUGGGCGACAAGUUCUACAAGCGGAAGGGCGUCAUCGAGCGUGUGGUAGACCGUUAUGGCGCGCACAUCAAACUGACAGAUGACAAUGUCAAGCUGAAGUUGGAUCAGAACCACGUUGAAACAGUGAUACCGUCGCCAGGCAGAGCGGUGAAAUUCGUCAACGGCGCGUACCGCGGCCUGAAGGGACUGUUGGCAAACGUACAGACUGACAAGUUCUGCUGUCAGGUCGAGGUUACGGAGGGUCCUCUUACUGGAAGAAUAGUUAAGAACGUACAGUAUGAAGAUAUAAGUAAAUUGGCGAGCUAAUAUUUUAUUAUAUA